AUGCUGAAUGUGCCCGUGUUUGCUGGCCUUGGAGCAAGUGGAUGUGGUGGCAUGACAUGGCAAGCCACAGAUACCACUGAACCUAUCGAAAAACACACUCAGCAGGGUUUACUCAGAAGCAUCGCACCAUUGAACAAUGGGCCAGAGUUCACUGUUGAAGUUGCACCAAGGGCCAAGGGAAGGGGUUGCCAACAAACAAUUGUUCCCUCACUCAAGAGUACUGACGGCAACGACAAAGAGGAGCUACCGCUGACCAAUGCCACUCUGAGGAAAUAUGGCAGGAAGCCUGUCAAUGAGACUCAGUCAGAAGUUGAAGAUGCUCCAGUGAAACAAGCCAAAUCUGCAGCGCAAAUCAUUGACGACCUCCCCGCAAAACCCAAAAAAGGCCACCCUCGCAAACAACCUCAAGAGAUCACCCAACGCGCUCCACUACCUGACCAUUCAGGACGAAACGUGCAUCCUGCUGUUCUGCCAACCACUCACUGGACCUCCAAGGAGGUUGCUGCUGAACGUGAAGCCCAGCGACAGGCACUUGAGGCAAAGAUUUGUGAGGGCAAACAAGCGAAACUCUUGUUUGCCCAAAUGAAUGUAGCCAAAGAGUACCUGGAUGACAAAAUGAGAGUGGAGAAUCCCCAGUGCCUCUCUGCAGCACUUUGUAAACGUGGGCAUGAUGAUUUUGAUGCAAGUGACAAUGGGGAACACUUUGACUUUGCUGCCAUCAAUGAAGCCCCAUCUUCAGAGGCAGAAGAUUCUGAACCUGUUGAACAGCCAAAGAAUUGUGUUGACUCAUGCUGA